AUGGAAGAAGUUGUUCCAGAAUUGGUGAAGCUGAAUCAUAUAAUUCAUCUAUUACAGGAGCUAGUGGGACACAGGCACCUGACUUGCCCUGGGUUCCUAAAAUCCAAAUCCAGGGUAAAGGAUGUGAAGGUCCAGAAUCACUACAUAAAGAGCACAAAAAUAGAAGGAUCGUGCGCUUGGCCUGGGGCGUCGCGAAAGCCGGCGCUGCCCCGCCGGCCGCGGCUGCCACGUUCGCAGGGGGUGCCCGGGCCGGGCCGCGGCCUUUGGCCUGACAGCUCGGGGGCACGCAUCACCCGAGGCCGCUGCUGCUGUCCCUGCCUAUAUCCUGUACUGCCUGUACUGCGCGGGCAGACACAGAAGGAGGCUCGCCUAACCCGACAGGAAGCAGGCAAUGAUGUUUUUACCAUUCGCCAUGACAAACAGAACAAAUGCAUACAAGUUAAAAACUCACUGAUAGUCAUAGAUGACUGCAGGGACACAAGUGAAGCUCUGUGGAAAUGGGUAUCCCAGAAUCGCCUCUUUCACUUGGGGUCCAAGCAGUGCCUGGGACUGGAUAUAUUCACCAAAUCAGUGUCUCGCCUGAAAAUGGUUGAUUGUAACUCAGAAUUGAUGCUGUGGUGGCGAUGUGCUGAUGCUUCCAUCAUUGGUGCAUCUCAGUAUAAAGUGACUAUCAAGAAUAACUAUGUGACUGCAAACAUAAAUGCAACAGACCAGUGGAAAAGCAACAAUUCCUCCAGUGACAUAUGUCGGUAUCCCUACCAUGAAGUUUAUACCAAAGAUGGCAACUCUUAUGGUAAACCCUGUGAAUUCCCCUUUCUGUAUAACAAGGUGUGGCAUCAUGACUGCAUUCAGGAUGAAAUGCACACGGGUGGGAAAUGGUGCGCCACUUCUGGAGAUUAUUCUCGCGAUGGAAAAUGGGGAGUCUGCUUACAGCCAGAGGAUGGUUGUCAUGAUAGCUGGGAACAUGAUCCAGGGUCUGAAAACUGCUACCAGUUUAAUACACAGUCUGCUCUUUCUUGGAAGGAAGCUUAUAUUUCAUGUCAAAGGCAAGGAGGAGAUUUACUUAGCAUCCAAAAUGCAUCUGAGUUAAGUUACAUACAAGGCAAGGAUGACAUUGCAGAGAUUUUCUGGAUUGGCUUAAAUCAACUGGAUGUUUCUGGUGGUUGGCAGUGGUCAGAUCACAAACCUUUGAAUUUUCUCAACUGGCAUCCAGAUAUGGAGAGUUUAUCCCCACUGGAUGGGACAAGUUGUGUGGUGAUGAAUGCUGCUUCAGGUCAGUGGCAGAGUUACCACUGUGGGACUCAGCUUCCAUAUGCUUGCAAGAAGUCACUCAAUGAAGUUUCAAGCAUUCCAGAGUUUUGGAGACACUUGGAUACUCGCUGUGAUCCAGGCUGGCUCCCCCACGAUGGCUUUUGCUACAUGCCCGUAAACAAGCAGGCACCUUGGAGUACAGCAGAUGAGUUGUGCAAAGCAAAUAAGAGUAACCUCAUCAGUGUUCACUCAUUAGCAGAUGUUGAACUGGUUGUUACAAAGCUUCAUAAUGAUGCUGAAGAGGAAAUGUGGAUGGGUCUCAAGAAUGACGAUGUGCCAACCUUGUUCAAAUGGUCAGAUCGCUCGCCUGUGGUUUUCACCUACUGGGAUCAGAAUGAACCAAAAGUUCCCUUUAACAGCACUCCUAACUGCGUGUCAUAUUCAGGCAAGCUGGGACAGUGGAGGGUCAAAUCCUGUGAAGAAAAGUUGAAAUACGUUUGCAAGAAAAAAGGAGAGAUUUUGAAUGAAACAAAAUCAGAUGAAAGUUGUUCGUUGGAAGAGGGAUGGGAGAAACAUGGAAACUACUGCUACAGGAUUGAUAAAAUGGAAGUUUCAUUUGGAGCCCAGUGCAAUCUCACAGUGAUGAACAGAUUUGAACAAGAAUUUAUUAACAGUCUAAUUAGAAAACACACCAAAGUUGAAGAAAAGUACUUCUGGACCGGUUUGCAGGAUAUUAGCCAGUCAGGAAUAUAUUCCUGGGGUACAGUGAAUGGGGAGGCACCUGAAGCUGUGACAUACACUAACUGGAAUUCCAUGCAACCAGAGUUUUCAGGAGGAUGUGUGGCCAUGUCCAGUGGAAAUUCUCUUGGAAAGUGGGAAACUAAGGACUGUAAAACCACUAAAGCAUUUUCUGUCUGCAAAAAAUAUAUUGGGAAGCCCAAGGAGCCAGAAGUGCUCCCAAAGCCAACAGAUCCCUGUCCCCCUGGGUGGCACAAUGGAUCUGGCCUUGCCUGCUACAAGUUCUUUCAUAGUGAAAGAGUGCUGCGAACCAGGACCUGGGAAGAGGCAGAAAGGUUCUGUGAAGCCCUUGGAGGCCAUCUGCCUAGUUUUAGCCACUCAGAAGAAAUCAAGGCACUUCAUUCUAUCCUGAGAAAAAUGAUCAGCAAUGACAGAUGGGUCUGGAUUGGAAUGAAUAAGAGAAGUCCUGAUUCUUUGGGAACCUGGCAAUGGAGUGAUAACAAACCUGUAACCAGUGUUGUUAUGCCACUCGACUAUCUGGAAGAUGAGUAUGAUACAAGAGACUGUGCUGCAUUAAAGACCUCACAGUUUUCACGGAGAUCAUUUUGGAGAUUUUACUUUCAUGAAGGCAGAGAUCUGGAAUUUUACUUCAGGCCUUUUGAUUGUGAAGCUAAGCUUGAAUGGGUCUGCCAGAUAACAAAAGGUAGCACUCCAAAGACACCAGAGUGGUAUAUACCAGAUGAAAUUGGAAUUCAUGGAGCCCCGCUUGUUGUUGAUGGAGCAGAGCUGUGGUUUGUACCAGAUAAAAACCUGAGCUACCAGGAAGCUAUUUUCUACUGUCAAAAAAAUGAUAGUGAUUUAGCCUCUGUAGAGUCUUACCCAAAACUCAGGACAAUACUGUCUCAAAUAGAAAAGUUAUCAAACAGCGAACAGAAGUGGUGGCUGAAGUUUAUUGAUUAUGGCUACAGCUAUCAUUCACCUUUACAGUUAUUUCCACGCUUCCAUGAUAGAUUACUGAGAGAUUGCUGGUAUAUUUCCAGAAAGAACUGGUAUAGAGACUACCCAGUUAACUGUAAUGUGAAACUGCCCUGGCAUCAGUUCCGGAAUAAGUGUUUUCUAAAGAUGAAACCUGAACAUUUAACAUUUAAUGCAGCUAAUGAAAAGUGCAUAACUUUUGGAGGCUCUCUUCCAUCUAUCUCAGAUCAAGCUGACCAAGAUUAUAUAACAUCCUUGCUUCCUGGCCUGCCAAAAGAUAUUUGGAUUGGUUUGCAGUUCUUGUUCAGUACAAGAGAAAACAAAUGGAUAGAUGAGAGUAGACUGUUGUAUAGUAACUUUCACCCACUCCUGACAGGAAGAUUAAGGAAAAUUCCACUGGAUCUUUUUGAUGAAGAAUUUAACAAUCAGUGUGGCGUAAUCCUCAAUGAUCCCAAAUCACAGUAUGUUGGAACAUGGAAUUUCACUGCUUGUGCUGACAGGCACUUCUUGGGUAUAUGCCAGCGGUCUAUAGGAGCUGCUGAUAACCAGACAGAGCAAGUCAUUAAUGAAACAUUGAGCUAUCAAAAUGUUCAAUACAUGUUAAUUCUGAAGAAUUUGUCCUGGAAUGAUGCAAUGGCUGCAUGCAUAAAUAACAAGAUGCAGCUGGUUAGCAUCACAGACCAGUUCCAGCAGGCUUUUCUUGCUGUUCAGGCCGCUCUUCAUAAUUACCCACUCUGGACUGGACUCUUCAGCAGAGAUGGUGGAAAACAUUACGGGUGGCUGGAUGGGAAACACGUGAGUUUUAGUCGCUGGUCUGAAGAUGAUGAAGAAACAAAUGAAGAAUGUGUGUUUUUGGAUACUGAUGGCUUCUGGAGAACUUCUGACUGUUCCUCUGAAAAUCGAGGUGCUAUUUGCUACACAUCAGAAAAGAAAACUGAAAAAGAACAAGUUACACAAGUGAAGUGCCCACAUAAGAUUAAAAAUACACCCUGGAUAUCAUUUAGAAAUAAUUGUUACACUUUUAUGAUAACAAAAAAUAGAUGGAGAGAACUGAAGCCUCAUGAAGCUCAUCAUUUAUGCAGGAACAUGAACCCCGAAGCAUUUGUUCUGAGUGUUCGAGAUGAAGAGGAGAAUAACUUUGUUACUGAGCAGCUUCAUUCGUUCAGUGGUCUGGCUCUGUGGGUCUGGCUGGGUGUGAUUUAUGAUGACAGUGAUAAAGUACUCAAGUGGUAUGAUGAAACUCAUCUGACUUACAAUAACUGGAGGCUGGGAAGACCUAUCAUAAAGAAGAACAGUUUUUUUGCUGGUGUAAAUCUUGAUGGGUUUUGGGAUAUUUAUAAUUAUUCUCAAAGUUGGCAUGCUAAUCACUACAACAUGUACAGUAUUCUCGCCUGUAAAAUCGAAAGGGGACACCAACAGCACAAGCCUCCAUUGCCUGACACUAUUCCACAUGGGAACAGAACAUACAGGAUCCUUCAGAAAAAAUUAACGUGGUAUGAGGCAUUGAGAUCUUGCCAACAAAAUAACAGUGAUUUAGCAAGCGUACACAGUGAAUCAGAACAGUUAUUUCUAGAAGAUAUUGUCAAACAGGAUGGUUAUCCUCUGUGGCUCGGGUUGUCAAUUCAUGAUGGAAGUAAAACUAAUUUUGAAUGGUCAGAUGGAAGUGACUUUGACUACUAUCCCUGGGAAUUGGAAAACUCAAAUACUACUGAGAACUGUGUUGUGUUGGAUACUAAAGGAUUUUGGAACCGUACAAAAUGUACAAAUGUUGCUGAAGGUGCCAUUUGCUAUAGCCCUCCAAACAAGAGAAAAUUAGAGGCAAAGCAAGCAAGCAGAGCCUCUGGAUGUCCACAGAGCAGUGGCUCCCUGCAGUGGGAGCAGUACAGGGAUCACUGUUAUGCCUUUGACAUGGCAUUCUACAAUUUUUCUGUGUAUAACGUGGAAGAGGCUAAGAGAAUCUGCCAGAAGCUGGAUCCUUCAGCAACCCUUCUGACUAUAGUGGAUGCUGAAGAAAAUGCAUUUGUGAGUGCACACAUAAAGGAACAUGAUCUCAUCACCAAGAAUGUAUGGCUUGGCUUGGAUCAGAGCUUUAAGGGACAGUCCCUGAACUGGCUGGAUGGCUCAUCAGUUAAUUAUGUCAACUGGGAGAAUAAAACAGCAGAAGCCAAUGAAAAAUGCAGUGUUAUCCUGUCCACAACUGGCAUGUGGUCCAAGGUUGACUGUGCACGUAGUCGAAGCAGAGUGGUUUGUAAAGCUCCUUUAGGUUCUAAUCAUACUGGUGUGGCUGUAGCAUUUGCCCUGCUAAUUAUCUUGGUUUUCAUUGCUGGACUGGUAUGGUACCUCUACAAAAAGAAGCGUCUUCACUGGAGUGCCUUCUCUUCUGUACGCUAUCAAAGAGGGAUGAAUGAUGAUGAAACUGAUGAUAUGUUCACAAAAGAUAGCUAUUGAAAAAAACUUUCUUCUGAUCAAUUUAAGCAUGAACUUCACUGUGUGAAGCCAUAAGAAUGAGCUACUUGAUGUUUUAUUACUUCUUUUUGGAAAAGUAACAAGGUUAUUAACGGGGGCAAAAUUUAGUUUGUUUAUAUACAAGUGCAAUUUUUAUUCAGUUUUAUGGUAAGUCUUUACAUUUGGCCUCAGCCUUUUAAGAUGCAAGGUGUUUAGAGUUCUGUUGUAUUUUUUAAUUUAUACCAUUAUCUCUCUUUACUGGAAUUUUUGAUGGAACAAAUUAAUGCCAACAGUACUUCACACAACUUUAAUGAAUAUACUUAAAAUUUAAUUCUCCCAAUACUCUUAUUUAUAAUAGGAUUAAAUUCCUAAUUUUAUAGUUACCAACCUAUAACUUUAUAGGUGAAAUAUGUCAUCUGUCCAGGAAACAAGAUAAAAUACAUGUGUAAGGAAAGACUGAGAAUAUAUGGUAAACAAACUUGUGUACAUAAAUGCUAAAAAUACUUGAGUAUUUUUCAUAAAACUUAAACUUGAUUUUUGUAUGUGAUGUGUUACUGUAGCCUUUCCUAUGCUCUCCAAAGAAUGCUAUAAAGGGAAAAAGGGAAGAAAGAGUUGUAUAUAUUAAUUACUCAAUCAGUUAUUGUUUUGAAAAAGUCUUUUGACUUUUUUGAAUGCACAGUACAAAGGAAGCAGGUGCAUUUACUUUUAUGAAGGAGGAUAUGCCAAAGACCAAAUCCAUUUUGCAUGUGGUGGUGGCCUGAGGUGGUAAAUAGGAAUACAUUGGCCUGGUGUGCUGAGAAGAGUACUACUGAUUUCUCUGAAGCAGCAGAGCAAGGUCACAGUGUUCAACUGCCUUCUUUUCCUGCAGUUUACUAAUGUUGAUGGCACUUUUCUUUGUUCCUGUUUGCACUAUUUUGAUAAGGAAGUGUUUAUCAUUUGUGUUGAGAAAUAGAGAACUUGUAGAUACCACUUUGAGCCUGUUAAAAGAGCAGCCUGAAGGGGUAAAGGAGCCAUUGUGGUACUUUGCUGAUCAAAGAAGUAAGCACUUUUGUUGUUUGUUUGGUACUUUGGGCACAAUUGUGAACAUUUGCUUUUUCUGAGGUAACUUGUAGAAAAUGUAGUUACAAUGAAAAAAACUCUCAUUCUUUAACCUACCCUGGUAUGAGUUUGAAACUUUGCGAAGUCUGGUUCCUGAUGUCUUCUGGUUUAGCUUAUAUGCCUAAGUGCUUUGCCAAAUGACUUCUAACUUAAUGGACUAGAAAAAAUGGUGGUUAUUGUCUUUUUCUAAAUACAGUAAUAAGUGGGGAAAAUUAUUUACAAGUUCCCAUGCUUUGAGAUUUACUAGUUUUAUAGAUGUUUAUACUAUGAGUAUUUUUAGGUGUGAAUCUGAAAUGGAAAGUGGAAAUUAAUAGUAAGAUCUUAAUUCAACACAAAAGGAUAUAUACUUUUUAUUAAAAAUUGUAUAUUUUAUUCUUAUAAAUGAUGUAAAUAAUUUUUUUAAGGCCCCAUUUCUCAUGUUUGUUUCAUCACACACAAAUUGUCUAAUCACUGGUAAUUCCUUUUUGUGUAAGCACGAUGGCCUUAGUGCAGGUGAAUAACCCACUUCAUUUGAAAUACACAGGAAGAUUAUUUGGCAGCAUUGUUAUUGAAAGAAUAAAGGUAAAUAAAACACUGAA